AAGAUGAAUCUGAGUGCAGCUGAGCAGGAGUGUGAGUCCAGGGAACCCCAGCACUAUCUCAGUAAAGAGGAGGUAGUAGCCAUGGAGACAGAGUUGCUAAGUGACUACCGAUUUGGACGGCCACAACUGAUGGAGAUCUUAGGCCAUGCAUGUGCUGUUGCCAUUACGAAGGCCUUCCCACUGAGUUCUCUGGACAAGAGACAGCCCACGGUGCUGGUGAUCUGUGGGCCGGAUCAGAAUGGCUGUGUGGGCCUGGCCUGUGCGCGGAACCUGCGUGUCUUUGAGUAUAUCCCGACAGUAUUCUACCCAAAGCGAUCUCCAAACAGCUUGCACCAGGACUUCACCGUGCAGUGUGAGAAGAUGGAUAUUCCCUUCUUAUCAUAUUUGCCAACAGAGGUUCAGCUUAUUAACGAUGCUUACAACCUGGUGGUGGACGCAGUUUUGGGCCCAGAAACCGAGCUUGCCGCGGUGAGAGAGCCUUUCACCAGCAUCCUCACUACACUCAGAGGCGUCAAAAUUCCCAUUGUCAGCCUGGACAUUCCUUCAGGUUGGGACGUGGAUGAAGCCAGCGUGGAUGGGAUCAACCCUGCGGUCCUCAUCUCUCUUAUGGCACCAAAGAAAUGUGCCUGUGGUUUCCUGGGGACGCAUUUCCUCGCUGGACGUUUCCUACCCUAUGACAUUCAGAAGAAGUAUGAACUGAAUUCACCCAGAUUCCCAGGCACAGACUGUGUGGUUAAACUCUGA